AAUGUUACAUGGGUGUCAUUUCUUGCAUCGGUGCCGGUUGCAUAAUGUCAACAAAUCAAAUCAAACCUCCCUCUUUAUUCUUGUUUUUUUUAAUGAACUUUUAAUGAAAUUCCUUUACUAAUACUUAAUAAUGUAUGGUAGCAUUGAGGAAGAAAAAGGUUCCGAUGCACAAAGCGUUCCGCUGGUUGCUUAUAACGAUGGUUCACAUCAAGUGCAGAUAGAACAGCCUUUUGAUCCAAAAAAUCCAUUUGAUGAAAGUUUUGACAGCGACUUUUGGAAAGAGGUGAAAGACUUGUAUAACGAUUGGAAUAGUAAAAUAAGUCGUGCAAAAGCCCAAAGAGUAAUUCGUACUCGCAAAAUUAAAGAGAAUUUGGGAGGUAAAGCAGACGCUUUUGUUUAUUUGUUGACAACAAUUCAUGAUCGUUACAAAGAUUAUGUUGAACAAAACAAGAAGCAAGAAAUAUUCUCAACAUUUCUUUUUGAGAUUACAGAAUUUUCUGCUGUUCUCCUGGAAGAAGAUAACGAAAGUGCGGAGCCAACAUAUGGUUCCUUAAUUGAGUUAGCUGAUGGUUCUAUGAAAACAAUUUUACAUCUGGCUGCAGAAAGAAAUUUGUUGCAUGUUUGUGAGAACAUUUUGAGACACCACCCUGGUUUGGUUUAUGUCACGACUUUGGAUGAUGAGUAUCCAUUGGAUUUUGCUUUAAAUAAUCUUCAUGAUGAUGUUGCAGCUUUGUUAGUUCAAUCUAUGGAGAAUGGAAGAGUCAGGGAAUUAUUUGAAGACUCUGGAUUGGAGGAAGCACGCUUCAAAUUCAAAAACUAUAUUAACCACGGAAACAUGAAGAAAACAGUGUUAGCUAUUCUAGAUUGCUUGAUGAAUCCAGAUUGGCCUUUUAUACCAGUUAAUACUGAAGAAGACGAAACCGAAGAAGCUGCUGCAGCGAGUAUACCGAACAUGCCGAUUCGCUAUCAUUUUUAUUAUCGUUUGCUGGAUGGUGAUGAUGAAGGCAGGCCUGCCAAGGAUGAGAAUGGAGAUAUAAACUCUGAAUUUAAAUAUUUAACCACAUCAUGCUUGCAGCUAAUAGCGAAUAGCUGCAGCAAAGCGGAUGCCAUCCGACAUCCUGUUGUUCGUUUACUGGUUCGCAGAAAGUGGGAUGCUUAUGGCCACUGUUAUAUGAAGGGUCUGUUUCUGCUAUACGUGGUUUUCCUGGCAGUGAUGUCGCUGGCGUUUUUUCUGCAUACGAAAACGAAUUCGCCUUUAACUUAUGAGAGCAAGACCGAUCACUUCCGCAUGUUUUGUGAAGUCAUGACAUUGGUGUUUACUUUCGUCUAUUUCUUGUCGGAGUGUUCGCAAGUGAUAAAAGAGCGAUUAAGUUAUUUUAAAGAUCCCUUUAAUUAUUUCGAUAUCAUCGGAAUGGCUCUGCUAAUCGCACUUGUACCACUUCGACUUGCCAAAUCUACGAAAGCUGAAUGGGCUGUCUCCGCCGCAGCGUUUCUCAUUAACUUUUUAAGAAUAUUCAAGUAUUUUCCGGCGUUUAGAACCUUGGGAUUGUAUACCAAAACAUUUGCUAAGAUCAUAUACUACGAUAUCUCAAAGUUUGCCUUGAUCUUCUUUGUGGUGAUGUUUGCGUUCACGGGUAGUGUUUACAUGGCGCUGAAGGCUUCCAAUGGACUUUCUCAAGUUGGUGGGUUUUGGACAGUAUUAUUGCAAGAGGUUAGAGCACUCGCAGAAGCUCAAGGAUUUGCAGAUGAUUAUGCAAGUUUUAACACGUUUGUGAUCAUUUUCCUCAUGGCGAACAUGUUCUGUAUUAUGGUGGUAUUAAUGAACAUUCUGAUUGGUCAGAUUAGUUACAGGUACGAAGAAGCACUUUCAAAUGCUGUCAUCCAAUACGACAUCGACAAAACAAAGCUGGUGACAAAACUUGAAAGUAGUUGGUUCAAAACCAUGAACAUGAGGAUAAAACAUUACGUUGAUGGUGAUUAUGUAAAAGAAGAGCAAAUUGAAAACGAUUUACUCGAGGACUGGGUAUCUCUCAAAAAUGCUUCACAGAAGGACGACAAGAAAGCCGUAAAGUUGAUGAUGACACGGCGAUUGAAAAAGCUUAAUCCCAAAACCGGGGUCAGCUUGCAGAAGAUUGAAGAGACAGAUUAACAAAACGUUUUUUGUAUGGUGCUGGUUCAACAAUACAUUUAUUUUAAUUUGUGUAAAUAGGGUACUAAGAGUGCUUUUUAUUGA